AUGGCAUUAUUUCCUUCUCAAUGGGAUGACUUUGAAUCCCUCUUUGACAAAUUAGUCACUGAUCGUUACGGUCCUGCUACCAAUGGCUCUAGAACAAAUGGAAAUGAUCCCAAUUCUAAUUCGGUGGUUCCACAAGGUUCAAGCAUUGUUAAGAAAGUAAUGCGGCCUAAGAUGGACAUUGUUGAAACGGAUGACGCCUUCAUUAUGACCGCUGAAUUUCCUGGCGCUAAAAAAGAGGACAUUUCCAUCGACCUUCAAAAUGGCCGGCUCACAGUCUGUAGUGAAACUAAAUCUUCAAAUGAACACAAAGAAGGGAAUGUGAGAGUAUCCGAAAGGUCUUUUGGAACUUUCUGUCGAACGGUAGCCGUACCACAAACAAUCACUCACGAUCAAAUCAAAGCUGCCUUCAAUGAAGGUGUACUUGAGCUAAAAGUUCCUAAAGUCAAAACAAACACCGAAUCACACAAAAUCCAAAUCGCCUGA